CACCAUUUCGUCAACAUGGAGAAGAAGAACCUUUACACUACUCAUCUGCUUAUUCUUCUCGUCCUCAUUAAUCUGUCACCAUCCCUAAACGUUCCAGCAAUAUUUAUCUUCGGAGACUCAGUUUUUGAUGCCGGAAACAAUCAUUUUAUCAAAAACUGUAGCGUACAGGCAGAUUUCCCACCUUAUGGCUCAACAUUUUUCCACCAUCCCACCGGCAGGUUCACUGAUGGCAGAACAGUUGCGGAUUUCAUAUCACAAUUUAUCGGCAUUGGUUUGCAACAACCAUACCUAGAGGCACAGAUUGCAGUGAUGAAUGGUAGUAGCAAAGAGUAUCCAUCAAACGGACUCAACUUUGCUAGCGCUGGGAGUGGUGUUCUGCAAGGAACCAAUAAAGACUGGGGAGUGCUACCAAUCCAAGAACAACUACGACAAUUCAAAACAUUAAUAGAACAAAAAGCGAUAAAUAGAAGUGUAGUCGAGAGGUCUCUUUUCUUUUUGGAGUCGGGAUCUAAUGACAUAUUCAAUUACUUCCUUCCAUUGGAUACCCCGAAACUGGAUCCAGACGCCUAUGUAGAGGCCAUGGUCAAAGAAGUAACCAACCUAACUGACCAAAUUUACAAAGUGGGUGCUCGCAGAAUUGUUGUGUUUUCACUAGGUCCAGUUGGGUGCGUUCCAGCAAGAGCCCUCUUGCCUGCUGCCCCCAUCAAGCGCUGCUAUGGAAAGAUGAAUGCAAUGGUCAAGAAAUACAAUAAGGGAUUGGAGAGCUUGGUAAAUGAUAUCCCCAGAAGGCACCCUGGUGCCAUUGGUGUUUAUGGAGCAGUUUAUGACACUGUACAACACCUCCGGGCAGCUCCAACUCGCUAUGGUUUCUCUAACGUGAGUAGCGCCUGCUGUGGAGAUGGACCUCUGGGAGGGGAGGUGCAAUGCGGUAAGGAAGGAUAUAAAAUUUGUCAAAAUCCUCAAGGGUUCUUGUUCUGGGAUUACUUCCAUCCAACCCAACACACCUAUGAACUUAUCUCCAAAGCUUUAUGGGAGGGUAAAAAAUCUCGAAUUAGGCCUAUUAAUGUAAAGACUCUAACCAAUCUUACCCUCGCGCUUGCUUAAUGUUAUUUCUUAUAUAUUUAUUGGUCUUAAUUCUUUUC